AUGCCCAUGCGGCAUGGAAAACCAAAAGUGUUACAGUUAAAAAAAUAUAUCGAAGGAACGAAUUUACAUUUAAUGAAUACAUUUUCUUUAACAUAUAAUGGUAAUUAUUAUACGUACAGUGUUGGAAAAAAGUUUGUGAGGAGGAUGGGAAUGGCCAUGACCGUUCCCUCCCAAAGCACAAAUUACAAAACUUGGUAUGAUAGUAAUGACCUACAUUUUGGUUGUAGUAAAUGCGUUACAAAGGGUGUCCUCAAUUGCUCACUGAUUGAUUACACGAUGGAUGCAUGCAGGAUAAAGAAUGUUAAGUGA